CAUAGCCUAAUUUUUUUUUAAAGAAAGAAAACACGCUAGAUUUGUAGACACAAUGGUAAAGAAGGGUUUUAACUGGAAAGCCAGGAAAGUAGUUGACACUGUAAUAGAUAAUUCCGACACGCAGAAGAUACAAGUAGAUAUCGACAGUGGUGGGAAUUAUGAUCAAAGUAACCAACUGGUUUUGCCUUCCAAGAAACGUAAAACUAAAAUAAAAACAGAAAAAGUUACUAGGAUUUUAUCUAAAAAACACAGGAAACGUUUGGAGAAAAUAGUUGAGAAAAAGAAGAAAAAAGAAAACAGAGCCUCUCUCUUAGAAUCUCUUCAGAAGGUCCGAGCGACUAAUGACGAGCUUUCUCAGUUAACAUCAAUUGCAGCUAUACAAACUAAAGGACUAAAAAGGUACUUUCAAGAGGAAUUGAAUCCAGAAAAGAUUAAGCCCAAAAGAGAUUUGGAUAUUCUAUCGGGCGAGGCGAAACUGAACAGCAUAUCGGGGGCUAAACGAAGGAAACUAUUAGAUGCAAGGGGAGAGCAGUUGAAAAAUAUUGACCCUAAUGUGGUGGGCUUUGAAAAGAGUGACACAGAAACUAGCGACAGUGAGCUGGAAGAAAAUGGUUGUGAAGAGGAAGCACGACAUAUCGAGGAUGAUACAAAAAAAGAAAAUAUGGGGGAUAAGGGUUGUGAGGAAGAAAACAAUGAGGCUGUUGUUUUGGAAGAGAAAAUCAGCCCUAUUGUAAUAAAAGAUGACGUCAAAGCAAGUAACAUUGAAAAUAAGAAAAGUAAACCCAAAAAAGUUCCUUCAAAACCAGCAGUCUACGUGGACGUUAUACGAAAUGAGGAAAUUCAAACCACUCGAUUAAAAUUGCCUAUCCUAGCCGAGGAACAACAGAUAAUGGAGGUGAUAAAUGAAAACUCAGUUGUCAUAAUAGCCGGUGAGACAGGCAGUGGCAAAACAACACAAGUUCCUCAGUUUUUAUACGAAGCAGGCUAUGCUUUGAAGAAACAAAUCGCUGUAACAGAGCCUAGAAGGGUUGCAGCAAUAUCCAUGUCUCAGAGAGUGGCACAAGAAAUGAAUUUGAGCACAAAGGAGGUCAGUUACCUGAUACGAUUCGAAGGAAACGUCACGGAAGACACGAAAAUUAAGUUUAUGACAGACGGCGUAUUGCUCAAGGAGGUCCAAAAUGAUUUUCUACUGAGCAAAUACUCAGUUGUGAUUUUGGAUGAGGCGCACGAGAGGUCGGUUUAUACAGAUAUCUUGAUUGGCCUGUUGUCCCGAAUAGUACCGCUUCGCCACAAGAAAGGUGAUCCCCUCAAACUGAUAAUAAUGUCCGCUACUUUGCGUCAGGAAGACUUCACACUGAACCGACGAUUGUUCAAAAACCCACCGCCUGUCAUAAAAGUCGAAGCGAGGCAGUUCCCUGUGACGGUGCAUUUUAAUAAAAGAACAAACGAAAACUAUCUGAAAGAUGCUUUUAAUAAGGCCAUUAAAAUAAAUACGAAGCUGCCGGAAGGGGGUAUAUUGAUUUUCGUUACGGGGCAACAGGAAGUGAAUUCUCUGGUGAGCAAGUUGAGGAAGGCGUUUCCUUUGAGGCACAAAGAGAAAAUUCUGGAGAAGAGCGAACGGAUGAAGAAGGAUGCGGAGGAAAAUGGGGGAGUAAGCGAAGAUGAGGAUGUGGAUGAGGGUAUGCGGAGAGCGCUGCACAAGAAACGGAAGCUCAAGAUAAUCCCGGAAAUCAACCUGGACGACUACAGCGUGCCUGGUGAUACGGAACACAAAUCCGAUGAGGAACUUUCCGAGGAUGAAGAAGAUUCCGACACGGAAGUCACCACCAUUACCAACGCCCAACCCCUCUGGACCCUGCCCCUGUACUCCCUGCUCCCCUCGCACAAACAACAGAAAGUGUUCGCACCGCCCCCGCCCGGUUGUAGACUUUGCAUCGUCAGCACCAACGUGGCGGAAACUUCUUUGACGAUACCCAGCGUCAAAUACGUAAUCGAUACCGGCAAGGCUAAAAUUAAGCUGUACGAUAAAGUGACGGGGGUCACCAGUUACGUCGUGCACUGGACCAGCAAGGCUUCUGCCGACCAGAGAGCGGGAAGAGCGGGGAGGGUCGGACCGGGACACUGUUAUAGGUUAUACUCGAGUGCAGUAUUCAACGACGUCUUCCAAGAAUACUCUGUGCCUGAAAUCCAGCAGAAACCCGUGGACGACCUCUACCUCCAAAUGAAGUGCAUGAACAUUGACAAAGUGGUAAACUUCCCGUUCCCCACGGCACCAGACUUGCUUCAAUUAAAAACGGCCGAGUCCAGACUGGAAAGUUUGGGUGCCUUGAAGAACGGGCAAGUCACCCCAUUGGGCAGGGCGAUUUCCAAGUUUCCUCUGCUCCCUAGGUACGGCAAGAUGCUGGCACUCAGCCACCAGCAGAACUUGUUGCCCUACACGAUUUGUUUGGUGGCAGCACUGUCGGUACAAGAAGUACUGUUAGAGGUUCCCAUAGUUCAGACGUCGUUGGAAGCAAGGAAGCAGAUCCGUCAGAAAUGGUCGGCCACCCGUCACCAGUGGGCCGGUCAGGGCAAUUCGUUACUGCUGGGGGACAAUAUGGUGCUCCUGAAGGCGGUGGGCGCGGCGGAGUACGCCAACAGUCAGGGAAGGUUGGAGAAAUUCUGCAACGAUAAUGGCUUGAGACAAAAAGCGGUCGUCGAGAUUAGAAAGUUGCGUGUGCAGUUGACUAACGAGAUCAAGAACAACGUGCCCGAGGCAGAGAUUGUCGUUGAUCCGAAAUUGGAGCCACCGACGGAUCUACAGGCGAAACUCUUGAGGCAGAUCCUGCUGGCGGGCAUGGGGGACCAAAUCGCCAAGAAGAUCCCCCCCGAGGAAGUGAAAGAGGGCGAGGACAAGGCCAAGUUCAAGUACGCAUACCAGGCGAACAAUAUGGAGGAUCCCGUCUUCCUCCAUCAAGGCUCCGUUCUGAAGAAGUUGCUGCCUGAAUUCGUCGUGUAUCAGGAGAUUUACGAAACCAACAAGAUGUACAUGAGGGGCGUGACAGCCAUAGAACCGGAAUGGCUGGCCACUUACGUUCCGAGCUUGUGCAACUUGUCCGAACCUUUGUUCAGCCCCGAGCCCCGAUACAACCCAGCAACAGGUAAAGUCCACUGUACGGUGUCGGGUACGUUUGGGCCACAAGCUUGGCCUUUGCCGCAUAUGGAAAUCGUUUAUCCUGCUUCUAUGGACGCGUACAAGUGGUUCGCAAGGUACCUUCUCGAAGGGAAGGUGUUCCCGAGGCUUGAAAAGUACGUCACGGCAUUGCUCAGCCCAGCCAACAUCAUGGUGAAAAGUUGGGCGAGGCUGCAGCCACGAACAGAGGCGUUGUUGAAAGCGCUCCUAAAUCGAGACUGCUGCUCUAAAAAGGUUCUGGGGGACAUUUGGAGUGACAGUCCCCAAUACUUGUUGGCGGAAUACUUGAAGUGGCUUCCGGAAUCUGCCCACGGGGAAGUUAGCUUGCUUUGGCCCCCUCUAGAUAGUAAAGUUAGUUGAUGUAAAGAGACAUAUGUUUGAAUUUUAUGUAAAUACUUACGUUUUGUAUAUAAUUUGGUUAUAAAUAAA